ACGCGUGCGGAUGAGAAGAAAAUCCCACACUGGAUGCAAGCAGGAGUCAAAUCCUUUGACAACGUGACUUCCUAUCAGACAUUCAUUGGCCAGCGAGUGUCAAAUAGAAGAGGGGUCCAAAUGCAGACCCUUGGCGAAGGGGGCGAUGCGCGUGUCUUGCACUUAAAUGGAUACUUCCCGAAACAGUGGAACAAUUUGAUGCAAGUGGGAUAUAGCCUCCACUCUUUCACUUGUACCCAUGAACUGGCCGCAAUCUUCUAGACAAUGAAGACAACUCGCAGAUGCAGGACUCUCUUGUCGGUGGGCUUGAACUUCUUUGCCUUGUUCUUCGCCAUCACGGCUUUCGUUACCACUUACUGGUGCGUGGGGACGCAGAGGGUGCCCAAACCCAAAUGCAGCAAACUGCGGACCCACCAGUGCAUCGACUACGGCGUCAACGAGACCGACCCAAACAAGGUGGUCUACAGCUGGGAGACCGGGGACGACCGCUUCCUCUUUCGACAGUUUCACACUGGAAUCUGGUUCUCGUGUGAGGAGAACAUCCACGAUGAAAGCGAGAGAUGCCGCAGCUUCAUUGAUUUGGCUCCCGCAUCAGAGAAAGGGAUGCUGUGGCUGUCGCUGGUUUCGGAGAUGCUGUACAUAGUUUUGCUGGUGGUGGGCUUCAGUCUCAUGUGUUUGGAGCUUGUCCAUUCCAGCAACAUCAUUGAUGGACUCAAGCUCAAUGCAUUUGCUGCAGUCUUCACUGUGCUGUCAGGUCUUCUGGGCAUGGUGGCUCAUGUGAUGUACACUCAGGUCUUCCAGGUCACCGUCAGUCUGGGACCUCCUGAUUGGAGGCCUUAUAACUGGGACUAUGGAUGGUCUUUCUGCAUGGCCUGGGCAUCGUUCACCUGCUGCAUGGGUGCAUCGGUAACCACACUCAACUCCUACACAAAAACUGUCAUUGAGUUCAGGCACAAGCGCAAGACCUUUGAGCAGAGCAUUCGAGAGGAACACGCAAGGGAGGCUUUUGAAUAUUUCCGAGAGCCGUUGGUGCACUCCAUUUCUAAGUCUGUCGAGGUCUAUUCCAGCCAGAGCCUUAAGAGCGGCAGGAAAACACCCAUACCAGCGGACUCCUUAGACCUGAGUGACAUUCGGCCCUCAUUGGGGGAAGAGCAGUGCUGAAACUGAGAGUACAGCUUUAUUUGAGGCUGCUUAGUGGACGGAGGAAGGCUGGUGGUGUUCAUUUCGAGACAGCAACACCAAUGAGCAGUUCAGGCCAGAUAUUUAAACACUGCCUUAAUGGAAUCUACUCCCCAGAAGAUGGAGAUGUCGAACAAGCCAAAACAGCAGAAAAAAAGACUGACAGGUGAUGGUCAGGUGUUGUUUUAUAAAAUGUAGAUGUUAAAGAAAGUUUUAGAGUGAAUUCCCACGAUUCCAGUGAAGGUCACAGAUGCUUCUAGCCUUACUGUACAUUUUGUGAAAGUGCUGUAUUAAUAAGGUUGUGUUGAGUUUUUCUUUAAAAUAAAAAAAGAUCAAUGUGACUGUCGAACCAUAAUAUGCAAUGUUUUUUGAUUUACAAUUAAAGCAACAAUUGCUUGCAGCAGCUUGUCUUGUGCCUAAAGACAUAAAAUUGUGCUGUUGUGUACCAUGUGGAUUGGGCGUGGUAUGUUUCUCCAGAGUAGUGGUUCUUAACCUGGGUUCGGUCAAUCGGUCUCAGUGGUUCGACGGAGCUUCUGCCAUGGAGGUUCAGGCACACCUGACUCAACAUGUCAAUCAGUUACAACACGCCCACUAGGCCACCACCGGCUGCAGAUGAUCACAUUACAUUGCUUGUCCAAUUAGUGCUGUUUAGUUCACUCAGUGGUCAACGUGUGACUGUCGUGAUAGUACGUCAUAAUAAUCACCAAAAAAACGUAUGUCUUAAAAUCCUAUUUACUUUUUUUCUGUUUUUAAUAAAUGUUUAAUAAUUUUUUUAUGUCUUGAAUUUGUAAAAAAAUCUUUUUUGUUUUUCACUAAUGAAGGGUUCGAUAAAUGUGCGUAUGAACUGGUUGGGUUCAGUACCUCUAACAAGGUUAAGAACCACUGCUCCAGAGUAUGAUGGGGAUCUGGGUGUUUACAAUUGCAACUCUCUCACUUUGUCUUGAUCCAGACUGGCAACCACAACACUUUGCUUGGAACUUUGCCACUUUAUGAAGGAUUUAAAUUUCUGAUUUGUGAUGUUUCUGUUCAAUGUAUUCUGCUUCAGUUUGAAGACAAUAAAUUCUACAUUGGAAAA